AUGACAGAAACCGCAGACACCAGGCCCGGGGUCCAGUCAGUCUCCAAAGACCACCCUCUCGAGGAUAUUUUCAGGAUCAUCAAACGGGAUGGCUGCGUUGUCGUGAGAGAAUUGAUCUCGGCCGCAGACGUCGAUCAAGUCAAUCAGGAUGUCCAGGAGAGACUCCACCGCGAUGUUGAAUGGAACGGCAGCUUCUUCCCUAAGGAAACCCGACGGGCACCGUCGAUGAUUGCCCUGAGCCCAACCUACACCAGGACUCAAGUGAUGAACCCACUAUUUCAGGCCAUCUGCGCGCAUUUUCUCACGACGCGCAGUGUUUUCUGGUGGGGCGAUCAGCAGAAGGAGUCCGUGUCCAAGCCGUAUGUGACUUCCUGUACGGCGAUUGAGGUCGGUCCGGGGGCCACAGCCCAGCCCCUGCACCGCGACUCGUACAUCAACCACCGAAUCCUGUCGGAGAUUAGUGAGUGGGACGACGAGCGGGAUCAGACCCGUGAGACAGCGCUGGGGAUGAUGGUGGCUGGCUGCAAGGUCACGCGCGAGAACGGAGGCACUCAAUGCAUCCUCGGGAGUCAUCUCUGGGGCACCCACCGAACGACACCGCCUGAUGUUGGGGAGUGCGUGGUUGCGGAGCUGGAGAAAGGCGAUGCCCUGAUCAUGCUCUCCUCCAUCUACCACGGCGGGGGCAACAACACCACCCAAGACGAACGGCGCAUUGCAUACGCAACCUUCGCCGUGCGCGGCUAUCUCCGGCAGGAGGAGAACCAGUACCUGGCGGUGCCCCAGGCGGUAGUCAAGACAUACGACCAUGCGACGCAGCAGUUCAUCGGGUAUUCCAUGAGUGACCCGGCCUGUGGGUAUGUGGAGGAGCUCAGUCCAUUCUAUCUUCUGCACCCAGAAUUGUUGCAAGAUGCUAGACCGCAGGACUUUUGA